UUAUCCAACCUAUAGAAGUAAAUUUAUGAACUGACUCGCACAUAGGCAAAAGUUAUUAUAGUAUCAAUGGUUCAAUCCAAUUAAAUUGAUAUGAAAUCCCCGUCUGUCUACAGUCCAUACAAUGCUAUUUCACUAAUUGGAGCUCCCAGACUCCGGUCUAACCACUGGAUCGAUUUACUACUACAAAAUCUUUUAGGAGAUUCGACCCGCCAGCCCUUAUUAGCACAUCGUUAGUUCAACCCACUUUCACUAUCGUCCUUUGUUGUUUGUAAGUGUGUUUCAGCCAAACCAUGUGUAAAUGGACUACUGGAUUCGUGUUUAUCAAAAGUAAACACAUAAUUCUUUACUUAGCUUACGGAAUUGCAACCAAUUGUUUUUGAAAAGUGUUGUGCGCGUUUGAGCGACCGUACGUGUGCGCUUUUUCGGUCGAGCUUUGUGCCGACGUGAUAAACAAAUUGAUUUAUUGCCACAUUCUAUCUUUACAAAUCAGUACAUCGAACUCUAUUCUUAAACGUGUGAACAGUUUUACGUUCAGUUGUUUUUCGGCAUCGUAAGGCGAUGUUGGGAUCAUUGUGUGUGCUACUGCUACGUAACGAACCUAAUCUGUGACGGUGACAAUCUGUCGGUUCAGAUUCAGAUCUAGCCUGUGAUUUCCAAGGACUGUGUAACUUUUUUGUCAACUAGGUAGUUAUAGGUCGUGAGUGAGUGAGUGUUGAGUGAGAUCUUUGGACAAGUGCGCAAGUGAUGUUUUUCAGUGAAGUGAUCAUUGGCAUAUGGAUUUGUUUGUAAUGGCUUGAGUUGAAGACAUGAUGCGGCGCGGUUCGAUGGCCAUGAUGGGGGGCGGGGAGCCGCUGAUCGUGGUCGAGGAGUCGGGGUCCGAGGACUCGGAGACCAGCUGCCGCCCGCCGCAGCUGCCGCGCGGGCUGUCCGUAGACGAGUCGCCCCCCGACCCGUACCACUUGUCCCCCUGGCGGGACACCAGGAAACACUCGCUGCCGACGCCCUCGUGCACCACUGGGCCCACUGCGAGCCAGGUGCGUCGUCUGUCGGAGCGCGGCGAGGGCGUGGCCAAGGAGGCGCGCGAGGCCGCCUUCCUCGCCACGCUGAGCCAGGCGCCGCCGCAGCCCGGCGGCCGCCGACAUUCCGUAGUGACCAUAUCCCGGGUACCUCAGUCACUGUUCGGACGCGGACGCCGAGAAUCUAUCGCAGCCUUCCCGGCCCUCGGCCGCCGCAGGGACUCCGCCGUCAAGAAAUCUACGGACACGCUGGGCAGCUCGCACAACCUGCAGCUGGACAUCAUGGACGACAUCGUGGCGGCGCGCAAGGUGCGCAUGCGGCUGUGGAACACGUCGAGCGAGCGCGUGUGCGAGGUGCAGCCGCUGGACGAGCGCUCGCCGGGCUGCGUGCAGCGCUACACGCACCGCGCGCGCCGCCACAGCGACUACGUGGGCACGCUGCCGCCCAUCCCCGCGCGCCGCCGCGCCAGCGACAUGCCGCCCGCCGCGCCGCCGCCCGUGCCGCCGCGCCGCUCCGGCGUCGUCUGCACCGACUCCGACUUGCACACCAUGCUCACGGCGCUCACCUCGUCCGCCACGGAGAUCGACCGCUGCGGCCGCCCCGACGCGCGCCGCCGCCUCGCCGACACGCGCUCCAGCAGCUUCGACGCCUCCUCGCUGCGGGACAAGCUGGACGACGCCGGCACCGCCUGGUUCACGCGCCGCCACCAGACUCUGGCCGCCAAGAAGAAGGAGGCUGAGGCCAAGAAGACCAAGGUGACGUUCGCCCCGGAUGCCAAGCCGGCCCCGGGCGACGCGGCCGCCGUGGUGUGGGACAAGCCGUCCGGCUCGGUGGUGGACGCGAGCGCCCUCGGGAGUGCCAUCGAAGUGUUUCUGAGGAAGGCGGGCGCGGCGGAGGCGGCCCCGGCAGCGUCAACAGGCGCCAUCCCCAAGGAGCCGGGGCGCGGGCGCGGGGAGCGCGGGGCGCGCGGGGCGGCCGCGGCGCGCGGGGUGCGCGGGGAGCGCUGGGCCGCGCGCUCCGACGACGACUCGGCCGACGGUUGUGACGCCACCCUCUGCUCCUCAAUUAAGGACCUCUUCGUCUAGACCGCCGUAGCGGGCCAUAUUCUUGUAAAAUAUAUCUAUUAGGCUUUUGAAUAGGUACUGACUCGUGAGAUAGAGCCCGGGGCCGAGGGCUCAGCGCCUCGGGCUCGGCUGGAUGCGUACAUGCGCACACUGUAUAUCUAUUAACUUUAUGAAUCUUUCAAUGUGAUAGACAACGCGCGGGCGCCGGCCGCCUAGGCGCGACCGACGUCCGCUUGCGUGAAUUAUUUUUAGAGUAAAUUCUACUAUUUUCAUUGUAAAUUUUCAAAUUAUGAGAGUCAAGAAGAGGAGACGUGUUUAGUAGAUAGAUAAAUGAUAUUUGUGAUGCCGGGCGCGCCCCUCCCCGCGCCGCCCGCGCCCCCCCCCCCCCCGCCCUUCCCGCUCCGCUCCGAGAGCAUCUGUGUCUUGUAAUCGAAUGUUAACAUUGAUAAACUAUAAUAAUAGAAGAUACGAUUAUGGAAGAUGGAAGAGUUGUCUGGAUGAAUACGCUUCCAGGGAGGCGAUUCUAGGAUAUCGUCUAAUCAAUAAAAGUUUUUAUCGAUGUU